AUGGCGGACAUUCAGACGGAGCGAGCCUACCAAAAGCAGCCCACCAUCUUCCAAAACAAGAAGAGGGUCCUGCUGGGAGAGACCGGCAAAGAGAAGCUACCUCGGUACUACAAGAACAUCGGCCUGGGAUUCAAGACGCCCAAGGAGGCCAUUGAGGGCACCUACAUUGACAAGAAAUGCCCCUUCACCGGUAAUGUCUCCAUCCGAGGGCGCAUCUUGUCCGGCGUGGUGACCAAGAUGAAGAUGCAGAGGACCAUCGUCAUCCGCCGGGACUACCUCCACUACAUCCGCAAGUACAACCGCUUCGAGAAGCGCCACAAGAACAUGUCGGUGCACCUGUCCCCCUGCUUCCGAGACGUCCAGAUCGGCGACAUUGUCACCGUGGGCGAGUGCCGGCCCCUGAGCAAGACGGUGCGCUUCAACGUGCUCAAGGUCACCAAGGCCGCCGGCACCAAGAAGCAGUUCCAGAAGUUCUGA